AUGUCAUUUCCUUCGACGUCCUCUCAUAUUGCUCAACUUGGACCGCCACCAUCGUACGUUAUUUCCAUAGAAGAGCCCAUCAAGAGAAUCCAUGCAAAAACAGUGAAGUCAAACGAUAUAAAGUUGGAGUGGAUACCAUUCACAACGGCACACAUUGCGACCUACAGUGUCGUGGCGGUGAUAGCGCUCGUCUACAAUGGUAUCUGUUUUGUUCACACAUGGUCGGAUGCCGUUGGUGAAACGGGACAUUUUUGA